AUGUACAAGACAAUCAUUAAGGAUAAUCCUAGUACGUCAAUGAGGCAAAUGAGGGCGACAAUUUCAAAGACAAUGGGCAUUGGUGAAUCAACAGUUCAUAGGACUAUCAGUGAAUACCAGGAAACUAAUACGGUAAUAUCUCCAAAACGCAAGAGAGUAAGAGUUAAAAUUACUGAAACGUUCGAUGACUUCGCAAUGAAUGCAGUCCGCAGACACGUGCACAGUAUUUGGUUCCGACGCGAAAUCCCUACACUUGAUAAAAUUCACAAAGCUGUUUCCGAUGAUGAAGAUUUGCCAACCGUAUCCCGUACUAGCAUGUUUAAAUUAUUGAAAGAAUUAAAAUUCCGUUACGUUAAGAGAAGUCGUAACAGUGCUUUAACGGAAAAAACUGAGUUGAUACUUUGGCGAAGAAGGUACUUGAGAUCAAUAAGGAACUAUCGUGAAGAGGGUCGCCAUGUGUAUUAUCUAGACGAGAGGUGGGUAAAUGCUGGUGACUGCCCCAAUUAUGAAUGGCGUGAUACAACUAUAACAUCCCACCGUGACGCAUUCCUGAAGGGAAUGUCGACGGGUUCCGUGAAUCCGUCUGGCAAAGGCAAGCGUCUAAUUGUCCUGCAUAUAGGGUCUGAAGAUGGUUUUGUUGACAAUGGAUUAUUGUGUUUUGAAUCCAAGAAGAACUCCCGCGAUUACCACGACGAGAUGAACGGUCAGACAUUUUGCGAGUGGAUGGAGAGUAUUCUACCUCGUCUAAAGGACAACUGCGUUAUUGUGAUGGACAAUGCACCGUAUCAUUCCGUGAAGUUGGACAAAGCACCGACGACGUCAACAAAAAAGGGCGAUAUUAUAGAGUGGUUGGAGAAUAAAGGGGAAGUGGUGGAUAGGACUAUGAUAAUAAAAUAA